AUGCUGACCCGGGACUUCAUUGACGACAGUCUGUAUAACCCCCACUACGGUUACUUUCCGAGACACGCGACGAUCUUCACGCCCGGGGACCCGUUCGUCUUCAACGAGAUCGAGGAUGGACCGGCCUUCCACCGGAUGUUGGGCGAGCGCUACCACGAGUUUGAGGACAAGCUGGACGAACUGCAGCCGGACAAUGCGCGGCAGCUCUGGCACACCCCGACGGAGCUCUUCCGCCCCUACUACGGCGAGACGAUUGCGCGGUACCUCAUGUCGAAUUACAAGCUGACGCUGUACCCGUACCACGACCUGAUCAUCUACGAGAUGGGCGCGGGCAACGGCACGAUGAUGAUUAACAUCCUGGACUUCAUCCGCGACACCGACUACGAGAUCUACCAGCGGACCAAGUUCCGCAUCAUCGAGAUCUCGUCGGCCCUCGCCGACAUCCAGAUGAAAAACCUGAUGGAUUCGCUGUACGCAGCUGGCCACCUGGACCACGUGGAGAUUAUCAACAAGUCGAUCUUCGACUGGGACACGUACGUGCACUCGCCGUGCUUCUUCCUGGCGCUGGAGGUGUUCGACAACUUUGCGCACGACGCCAUCCGCUACGACCGGGCGACGCAGCUGCCGCAGCAGGGGGGCGUGAUGAUCGACGGCAACGGCGAGUUCCACAGCUAUUACAUGGCGCACCUAGACCCGGUUGCGUCGCGGUUCCUGCGCGUGCGACAGGCGGCGGCGCGCCGGCCGUUCCCCAGUCCGCUGGGACCGCGGUUCCUGCGGGGCGUGAACACCCACUUGCCCUUCCUCAAGCCGCACACGCAGCCGGAAUACAUUCCGACGCGGUUGAUGCAGUUCUUCGACAUCCUCCACACUUAUUUCCCGGGGCACCGAUUGGUGGCGAGUGAUUUCAGCAGUUUGCCGGAUGCGAUCCCGGGGAUCAAUGCGCCGGUUGUGCAGACGCGGUAUAUGCGGCAGACGGUGCCAGUCACAUCACCAUAUGUCCAGCAAGGCUACUUCGAUAUCUUCUUCCCGACAGACUUCAACGUGAUUGAAGACAUGUACCGGGCCGUGACGGGCAAACUGACACAGGUGUCGAGCCACGAGGACUUUAUGCGGCGCUGGGCACGUCAGGCCCAACAAGCCGCCAUCCCCCCGGCCUGGCGUCUCUCCCCAGCAACCCUAAAAGCCUCGCGCAACACGAACACCACCCUCCAAACCAUCCGCACCAGCGGCAUCCUCACCCCGCAAGAGCUGCAAUGGACAGAAGUGGCAGAGAUCCGCCCCCUCCUCGCCCGCCUCGCCGCCCGUGACAUCACCUCCGAGCAGCUGACGCUCGCCUUUUGCAAGCGCGCCGCCCUCGCGCAGCAGCUGACGGGCUGUCUGACGGAGAUCUUCUUCGACCGUGCGCUGGCGCAGGCUCGUGAGCGCGAUGCGUAUCUGCAGCGGACGGGGCGGUUGAUGGGGCCGUUGCAUGGGUUGCCGGUUUCGAUUAAAGAUCGGUUUGAUGUCGAGGGGUUUGAUACUACUGUUGGAUGGGUAGGGCUGGUCGGUAAGCCAGCAGCGUCAUCUAGCUCUAUCGUGCGAUUACUCGAGUCCAUGGGCGCGGUGCUAUACGUCAAGACCAAUAUCCCCCAGUCAUUGAUGAUGUCCGACUCCUACAACCACGUCUUCGGCCAAUCCCUCAACGGCCUCAACAACCAGCUCAUCUCCGGCGGCAGCUCCGGCGGCGAAGGCGCCCUGGUCAGCGUCGGAGGAAGUGUUGUCGGCAUCGGCACAGACAUCGGCGGGUCGAUCCGCAUCCCUGCCAACCUGCAGGUAGCAGGCCCAAUGGCCCGCAACCUAGACACAGUCGAGCACUUCAUGGAAAAAAUGCUCGAGUCAAACCCAUGGGAUCUCGACCCAGGAUGCGUCCCCAUCCCAUGGAGAAAGGACCUAGCGAGCGUCCGCGGCAGGAAACUCAAGCUGGGCAUCAUCUACGACGACGGGGUGGUACUUCCGCAACCGCCUGUGACUCGCGCGUUGCGCGAGCUGGUGCAGAAGCUGAGAGAUGCUGGACAUGAAGUCAUCGAAUGGGACCUCUCGCUACACACCGAAGGCGCCAACCUCUGGUCCAAAGCCAUCCUCGCCGACGGCGGCAAACACUGCCGGACGCUCUGCGAUCUCGUCGAUGAGCCUCUCAUUGAAGGGAUGGUCGUCGGAACGGAGCAAGACGAGCUCACGAUGCCGGAGCGCGAAAAGCUGGAAGCAACAAAAUGGAACUUCCAAGAGCGCUUCCUCGCAAAAUGGACCGCAAGCGGCGUCGACGCCCUCCUGAUGCCCGUAACCCCCUGGGUAGGAUAUAAACCCAAACAAUGGGUACAGAGCAAGCAGUGGCUGGGCUACACAUCUAUAUGGAACUUUCUCAACUACGCCGCGAUGACGAUUCCUGUUGGGACUGCCGAUCCGGUCCUCGAUAGGCCUGAUGAGGGUUGGAAGAGCCAUGUGCCCAGGAAUGAUGCGGAUGCGUUUAAUAAGACGCAGUACGAUAUAAACCUCGUCAAACACAUGCCGGUCUGCGCACAGAUCGUCAGCGGACGCUUCGGGGAGGAAAAAGCCGUGGCGGUGGCCAAGGUGAUCGAUCAGGUUAUGGUUCGGGGAGAGAGCGGUCGUCCUUUGGAGAGGUUGUAG